UUACAGCCUUUUUCCUCGUCUAAAUCAUUGGUCACUUUCUCUUUAGGCUCUGCUUUGUAAGAUGACCCUAAUGCUCUCUGUUGGUUAGAAAAGCCCUCUAGUAAUGGUAGUAGCAAUAUUUGCCGUUCAGUUAUAUGGCUGCUAAGUGACAGAUUCCAGUCCUACUCCAAGAAGGGUCUCCUUUUUCUGGAAUACUGCUGUAAAGUGUGCAUAGCCUUUAAGUUAUUCCUAAAGCUAAAUUGGCAGGGGAGAUUUCAUAGAAUGAAACAUUUUACACAGUUAAAAAGCAUUUAUCCUCAGGAAUCAGUUUCUCUUGGGGACAUUCCACCUUCUUAGUGAAGCUUGCCCUUUUAUUGUGUCCUGAUAUUUGAAUGUUUAGCUGAAUGUUUGACAUCAUGUGCCAUUAGCACGUGGCUCCAAUUUGCCAGCCUUUGGGGUACUGUGGUAAGGUAUGAGUGUGUAUGUGCACACUCGGUGUUAUACACUCUGCUGCAUGCUGCUGGUGUGGUUCAUGAAUCAGGGAAGCUAUAGCAUGAUGAUUGUUUAAGAUCUUAUGAGUUUUAGGGGAAUGAAGCAAGAAGCUUAGUUUGAAGGUGUAAACUUUUGGCUGAGGGUAAGGAUUGGGGGUGGUGAAAUUAGUAACUUUUGCUUUGUAAAAGGAUUUUGCAGACCUAGUUUCUGUUCUCCAAACUAAUAUGUAUAACCAGAGCAUUCUUGCAUUCUUUCAAACUAGUAUAGAUAACCAGAGCAUAGAAAUGAAGGGCUAGAGUUAAAGUAAGCCCUGCAAACAACUCUUAGCUCUGUGUAUUAAUUUUCUUAGAGGAAUUUGCCUUGUCAUUGUUUAUUAUAAUGACAGAAAACAGGGAAUCCCACUUCUGCACGCCCCCCAUACCCCCCAGAAAAACCCUGCAUACCUAACAUUGAGUUUCCGUUUUGUCUUUUCCUUAGACGGAAAGGUUUUGGCUUUAAAUUUUCUAAUCCAGUCUGGAAGACUAUAGCAUAGAAUAGUUCUUGAAAAAAAAGAAGAAAAGCCCCACAUACCAGAACCCUUUUAAAUAAAUUCUUUUAAAAUGCUGCCUUUUAAUUUUAGGAUCUUAGCUUAAAGAAGACUGGAGGAGAAUUUCCCAUGAAAUGGUUCCCAUAAUAGUUUUCAGAAAGACGUGCUAGGCAGUAUUGUUAACUAAAGAAAAUAAGUCUAUCAGUUCCACUUAGAUAACCUUUGGUAAUAAACGAACUCCGUACACGUUGUGACCUUAGAGCCUGAACUUUGCAAUCACAUGACCAGCUUGUAAACUGACCUGUGAGGAUGACUGUCGUAGUCCCGGCUUAGAGGAAUUGACCAAGUGUCGGAAGGGUAGUCAUCAAGCUGGACUUGUCCUGUAAUCUCUGUUUCUUCAUGGCUGCAAUAGAACUUUUCAGCAGACUACAAGAAGCAUGAAAUGGAGACAUGGGAAGUUUCUGUUUCAGAUGAUCGGGCUGAACAACGAACCUGUCUCAUUUGUGGGGACCGCGCUACAGGCUUGCACUAUGGGAUCAUCUCCUGUGAGGGCUGCAAAGGGUUUUUCAAGCGGAGCAUUUGCAACAAACGGGUAUAUCGAUGCAGUCGUGACAAGAACUGUGUCAUGUCUCGGAAGCAGAGGAACAGGUGCCAGUACUGCCGCCUGCUCAAAUGCCUCCAGAUGGGGAUGAACCGGAAGGCUAUCAGAGAAGAUGGCAUGCCUGGAGGCCGGAAUAAGAGCAUUGGGCCAGUCCAGAUAUCGGAAGAAGAAAUCGAAAGGAUCAUGUCUGGGCAGGAGUUUGAGGAAGAGGCCAAUCACUGGAGCAACCAUGGUGAUAGUGACCACAGUUCCCCUGGGAACAGGGCUUCGGAGAGCAACCAGCCCUCACCAGGCUCCACACUGUCUUCCAGUAGGUCUGUGGAACUGAAUGGAUUCAUGGCCUUCAGGGAACAGUACAUGGGAAUGUCUGUGCCUCCACAUUACCAAUAUAUACCGCACCUUUUUAGCUAUUCUGGCCACUCACCACUUCUGCCCCCACAAGCUCGCAGCCUGGAUCCCCAGUCAUACAGUCUGAUUCACCAGCUGUUAUCAGCCGAGGACCUGGAACCAUUGGGCACGCCCAUGUUGAUUGAAGAUGGAUACGCUGUGACACAGGCAGAACUAUUUGCCCUGCUUUGCCGCCUGGCCGACGAGCUGCUCUUUAGGCAGAUUGCCUGGAUCAAGAAACUGCCUUUCUUCUGCGAGCUCUCAAUCAAGGAUUACACGUGCCUCUUGAGCUCUACGUGGCAGGAGCUAAUCCUGCUGUCUUCCCUCACCGUUUACAGCAAGCAGAUCUUUGGGGAACUGGCUGAUGUCACUGCCAAGUACUCGCCCUCCGAUGAAGAACUACACAGAUUUAGUGAUGAAGGGAUGGAGGUGAUCGAGCGGCUCAUCUACCUCUAUCACAAGUUCCAUCAGCUAAAGGUCAGCAACGAGGAGUAUGCUUGCAUGAAAGCAAUUAACUUCCUAAAUCAAGAUAUCAGGGGUCUGACCAGUGCCUCACAGCUGGAACAAUUGAAUAAACGAUACUGGUACAUUUGCCAGGAUUUUACUGAAUAUAAAUACACACAUCAGCCGAACCGCUUUCCUGAUCUCAUGAUGUGCUUACCUGAGAUUCGAUAUAUUGCAGGAAAGAUGGUGAAUGUGCCCCUGGAGCAGCUGCCCCUCCUCUUUAAGGUGGUGCUGCAUUCCUGCAAGACCAGUGUGGGCAAGGAAUGACCUGUUCCAGGCGCCCUCCUCAGGCCAACCACAGCGUCUUGGGUGGGCAGGACAGGCUCUGGAGGGAAAAGCCAGAGAGACCAAGAUGGAGGCUGUGGAGCAGCAUUUCCCGUUGCCUCCAUAGCAAGAAGAGUUUUUGUUUGUUUGUCUGUUUUUUUAACCUCAUUUUUCUAUAUAUUUAUUUCACGACAGAGUUGAAUGUAUGGCCUUCAACAUGAUGCACAUGCUUUUGUGUGAAUGCAGCCAAUGCAUUUUCUUACAGUUUACAGAAUGUGAAGAUGUUUAAUGU